AUAAUACGUACACAUGACGGAUACAUUUUUAAAUAUAUGUUUUGAUAAAAUUCUAAAUUAAUUUAUUAAUUAGUUACUUAUUCAUAUUUUUGCUUAUUUAUUUUCUAUUAAGCCAACUAUUCAAGAAUAAAAACUUUUAAUGCAGUGCAUUUUCUUACUUAAGGUAAUAAGCCAUGUUUUGUUGUAGAUUUAUAUCUAGUUGUCUCUGGGCUCUGUAAAGCUGAACAACACAGCUUCUGUAUUAUAGAGAAAUAUUAAAUAACAACAUAUAUGCAUAUUAAGAACACAUUAUGCACAUUAAGUAUAGUGUAAACAAAUUAAUAAAUAUACAUCCAUGACGUCAUGACAAAUUAAUGCAUUACAAACAUAAGUAUCUAUUGCAUAAUGCUCGGGUGGCAUAUCAACAUAUGAAAUACAAACAUAUUAAAUACAGAACAAUAAAAACCGGCAGCUCCAGUCCCAAAUAACAACAGUGGGACAACAAGUGGUCGACUUCACGCGGCGCUGCGCAGACUGAUCAGCGAAUGACAACAAAGUACCGCGAGAGUGAUUAGAAAGCACCGCUUGCUUUUUCCGGUGUAAUGACCUCAAGUCUGUCCCAAAAUGCACUCCCAUGUACCCUUAUGGACUCGUGCCUAGUGCCCUAUAGGUCUGCACUUCCUGACGUCACCAAGUGUGGACUCAGAGGAGGUCCUCAAGACCGGAGUGCGCCAUUUAGGACAAGGACCACACUGCCCAUCACUAGAGAAAGGACGCCGUUGACACCCUGUUCCGCAAACGCGGCACGUAGCCUUACGUAACGGUGCUAGUUUAUAUUAUUUGAGUCUGAAACGACAUAAAAACAAGGAUUAUUUGAUUGACCAAAAUGGCAGGAAAAGGCAGAGGUAUAGCAGCUUUCACAUUCAACAUAGAGGCCCUGGGCAUCACCAGAGGGUCUAUGCCUGAAGCCCAGAGAGGACCAACUCCACUCUUCCCACAAAUUGAAUAUAAACCAGGGCCUCUGAAAGCUGGAGAAGAUGAAGACUACAUGAGAGCUUUGAAACAGGAGAUGAGGGGACGAAUGAAAGAUCUCCCUUUCAACAUAAAACCCCACUCAGGAAAGAGUGAUGUAGAGCGGUACAAGGAUAAAUAUACAAGGGAAAUUAAAAAAAUCGAGGAUGGCAAUUGGACCCCAGAUUGGAACCGUCUUCCAAAGGAGCUGAAGCCACAGAGGAAUAUAAUUAAAAAGAAAAUGGAUUUUAAAAAAUUCAAAGAGAUGUCAAAAAAAGACAAGGAGGAUAUGCUGUCUAAACUAGAUGAACUUGAUAAAAGGGGAGAUGGCAAAUCAGAUGAAGAAGAUGAGGCAAAGGGGGAGAAGAAAGGAGAUGGUGAGGAAGAAGAAAUUGAAGGGAACUUUGAAGAAGAAGAGCUUGAAGAGGAUAAUGAUUACAUAGCAAAUUACUUUGAAGAUGGUGAUGAUUUUGGAGCUGGAAGUGAUGACAACAUGGAUGAGGCCACUUACUAGCAACUGGAAAUGUUU